AUGGCUGGUGGUGACGCCAUGGCUAGUGGUGACUACACGGCUGGUGAUGACUACAUGGCUGGUGGUGACGACAUGGCUGGUGGUGACGACAUGGAUGGUGAUGACAACAUGACUGGUGGUAAGGCCAUGGAGGGUGGUGACGCCAUGGCGGGUGGUGAAUCCAUGGCUGGUGGUGAUGCAAUGGCUGGAGGUUACGCAAUGGCUGGUGGUGAUGCCAUGGCAGGUGGUGAUGCCAUGGCGUGUGGCGACGCCAUUGCUGUGGGUGACGUCAAUGCUGGUGGUUACGCCAUGGCUGGUGGUGAUGCCAUGGCAGGUGGUGAAGCCAUGUCUGGUGGUGACGAUGCGAUGGCUGGUGGUGAUGCCAUGGCUGGUGCUGAUGCCAUUGCUGGUGAUGAUGCCAUGGCAGGUGGUGAAGCCAUGUCUGGUGGUGACGACGCGAUGGUGGUGACGCCAUGUUUGUUGGUGACGAUGCGAUAG